AUGAACCUCGAAACCACCAACGCGCAGGACGCGCGGGUAGAGGCGCUAUGGAGGACGCUGGACACACGGAGGCAGGGGCAUCUGGAUCUCAAUGGGCUCAAGAAGGGACUGCGCAAGAUGGACCACCCCCUUAAAAAUGCAGACAACCUCCUUAAAGACGUAAUGAAGAGCGUGGACGCAGACGGCAACGGGGAGAUAUCUUACAACGAGUUUCGCUCGUUUGUCAAGCAGACCGAGCACGAGCUGUGGCGGCUGUUCAAGAGCAUAGACCACAACAAUGACGGGAAGCUGGAGAAGGGCGAGUUGCAAACGGCAUUUUUGCACGCCGGCCUUGUAGUGCCCAACUCGAAGCUGGAUCAGUUCUUCAAGGAAGUCGACUCCAACAACGACGGGGCCAUUAGCUUCGAUGAAUGGCGCAAUUUUCUGCUUUUCAUCCCCAGCGACGCGCCGAAUCUGCGACAGGUUCUGUCCUACUAUUCAUCCACGGUUCAAAUGACAGCCGAGGGCGAUGUCGCCAUCAAUGACCAAACAUUCAACGGCUUAGGUAGCGUCCUCCAGCUUUUCUUUGGCUCGCUCAUUACCAUCGCAAAAUCCCCGAAACCUCUUCCGUUAGAAGGCCAAACCAAUACGUCUUCAUUAAUGAUUGGGGCAAGACCGUCUACCGUGCAGCAGCAGCUUGCUCUCCCGCCCGAAGUAGACCAGGCUGACGCCUCGUUUACGAUCGAGGACGAAUCCCAUGGGACGCUAUGGUCAUCGCAUGUGAAGCCGAUGCUGAUUUCUCUUGUCCCAAAUCCAGGCUACUUUGUGGCGGGAGGCCUAGCUGGCAUCGUCUCGCGUACAACCACCGCGCCCCUCGAUCGACUGAAAGUGUACCUCAUUGCGCAGACUGGGGCCAAAGCGACGGCCGUUGAGGCGGCGAAACAGGGAGCGCCAAUCAAAGCAGUUUCACAUGGUGUUUCCUCUCUGGCAAUUGCGCUGAAAGAGCUAUGGGCUGCCGGUGGCAUGCGUAGUCUUUACGCAGGCAACGGUUUGAACGUUGUGAAAGUGAUGCCAGAAUCCGCAGUCAAGUUUGGUGCUUUCGAAGCUUCUAAACGUGUUUUUGCCAAAAUCGAGGGUCACGACAAUACAAGGGACAUCCAUACCUACUCAAAAUUCUUGGCAGGCGGCUUCGGAGGCAUGGUUUCGCAGUUCGUUGUUUAUCCUCUGGACACAUUAAAAUUCCGGAUGCAAUGCGAAACCGUCUCGGGAGGACUUCACGGCAACAAGCUCAUCAUCGCUACGGCAAAGAAGAUGUGGGCUCACGACGGCAUGCACUCAUUCUACCGCGGGCUUCCUAUGGGCCUGAUGGGCAUCUUCCCCUACGCCGCCAUUGACCUAGGCACCUUCGAGUAUCUCAAGCGUGCCUUCACGACGUACAACGCAAAGAAGCGCCGCUGCCACGAAGAGCAAGCCGAGCCGGGCAACCUAGUAACAGCGGCGAUUGGGGGUUUCAGCGGCGCGUUCGGCGCCAGUCUCGUGUACCCGCUGAACCUGCUCCGGACGCGGCUGCAGAGCCAAGGAACCGUGCUGCACCCGCGCACGUACACGGGCAUCGCAGACGUCACCCGGCAGACGAUCAACGGCGAGGGCGUGCGCGGCCUCUUCAAGGGCUUGACGCCUAACCUCCUGAAGGUUGUCCCCGCCGUCUCCAUCACCUACGUCGUUUACGAGCAAGCAAAGAAGAGUCUCCAGCUCCACUGA